AUGGGAUCGAAGCGGGCUGCAGCUGGGGAAGCCGGCCCAGACGUCGCGAAGCGCCGCCGCGAACACGCGCCCUUCAAACCAGCAAGAAUGAACGGCUCGGCAAUCGACCAGACGUACGGCCAACGCGGAGCAUUUGGUGACCUCAAACAAGUCGACACGACCGCUCCUACCGGCGAGAGUGAUCUCGACUGCGAAGAUGAUACCGAGGCGCUGGCAUAUCUCAGAUCCGUACGAGUCCAAGCCUACGCCAUUCCCCAUGUCCUUGUCGCGAAGAAAGCUGGACCGCAGCGACCUCCUCACACCGCCGAUAUUGUGGAUGGACCUAGUGUCAAAGAGGAAGAUGAUGAGUCGGACACAGCCGACCGGAACAGCUACCAAGACGGUGCUGGCGACUUCAGAGGGUUCUAUCACGAUGGCGCAUACACGGCUUUGCCCGCAGACUAUUUCGACGAAGAUAACGACGAAGAGUACUACGAGGAAAGCCAGGAUGGUGAAGUAGACACACAGGGCCAGGAGGCCAUGGAUUACUUCGAGGAGGAAAGCCUCGACUCCAGUGAUGACAAUUCGCACAACAGCAGUGCAGACGAAAUCCGCGACGCAUACUUUACUUCUCUCACUAAGAAGUAUCUGGAUCUGCGCCAAGUUCUACAAACGGAUCCGUCAGCCAGCGCGCUGUCCUCUCUUCCCGCAUCGAAUCCCACCGAGGUUGGCAAUUUCAGCCGCCAAUCCGACACGUUCACCAGAUGGUCGAGGAGUUUGUGGUCAACGGACCCCCUCCCCACACAGAUUGCCGGAAUGCGUAAAGUCGGUGCCUUGCGGCUGCUUCGUAUAAUCCUGGGUGGCAAAUUCCUUAGAAAGAAACGACCUCUCCACGAGCGUACAAGUAGAUGGAUCUGGGCACUGCUGGCGCGCCUGCCUGAGAAGGGCGUGCUCGACUACGAGGAGAUUGGCUGGAUCCGCGAGCUGGGGAAGCGAGCAGUCCUCUUGAUGGCCAGUCUGGCGGAGCUGGAGAUCCUGAAGGAGCACUACGAAGUUGGCGACGCUAGCAGCCACGGCAGCCGGGACAAGGGCGACUAUGAAGACACUAAUGAGGAGCUCCAUCAUGAUACACCCGAGGAUGAUGACGAGUUUGACUCUGAUGAAGCCGACCUCAAUGAUGGUGCCAAGAGUCCCGUUGUCAUUCAAGGCGGCAGCUCUGCUAUGGCCGAGGUCACUGUCACCAAAGAAACGGUAUCUAUCUCAGUUGACAGCGAGGAGCGUGUCACCACCACGCAGACAACCCACACCCAACAGAUUACAGACGAUCAUGCCUGUGUACAAAACAAGGUCCAGCCAACUAACACUUCUACACACCCAGCUUCCGGAGCAACGCUUGACGAGUCCUCAGACGUCGAGAUGCAACUCGACUCAGACAUGGAAGACGGAGAAAUCCCACCUUCACCUCCUACGUCUGAUCUACCUGUAGCCGACGGCAUCGAGGCAGCCAAGGCGCGUCUCCUAGCACAGCUCAAUGACGAUGCUGGUGCCACAGGCGACCAAGACGAAGACGCCACGCCCAUCGUCCUCGAGGUAGUCAUACCCACGCCCGAACCCACCGAGGAAGAGCGGAAAAAGCAGGAAGAGACAGCGCAGAAACAGCGAGAGAAGGACAGGGCCAAGGUCAACGAGCGCGCCACGCUCAACAUGAUCCUGACGGUUGUCGGUGAGUUCUACGGACAGAGAGACCUGCUUGAGUUCCGGGAUCCCUUCGGAGGGGUGUCAGACUGA